GAAGAUUUCCAUUAACUCUGCCCUCGUGUGUUAUCUAUCCAUCCAUCCAUCACCGCCUCCCCCUCUGCUUCCUCGCCUCUCUCUCUUCUCCCUCGCGCCGCUUCCUCUCCCUGCCGCUUUUUAGGGUUUUUGUACACCGCUCGCCACGCCAACGCGCCGCCCCCCCGGCGAGGUGAACGAGCCUCACCCCCACGAGAUGGGCCACGUCGACGACUCGCCCGCAUCGGCAGCCGCCGCCGCGGCGCGCGACGCGAAGAAGAAGAGGGGGAACCGGUCGUCGGCGAAGCUGAAGCAGUGCAAGCUCGACGCGCGCCGCGAGCAGUGGCUCUCGCAAGUCAAGGGUGGAAAGGAGGCUAAGGUACGGACUUCGCUGACUGGUACAGAGCCAAAUGCUGGGUCCCUGACCGUUCCUUCGCCACACCCUCCACUCCCUCACCGUCGCGUCGAUGUGAGGUCAAGGGGAGGGGAUCCAGAGGAGGACAAGGAGGAGACGGGUUCUGCCAGGCAUGACUUAGGCAGCUCCUAUGUCGAUUCCCCUGUGCAAAGCCCUAGCUCGGACAAUUCUGGAAGUGUUGGCGGCAUGCACAGGAAGCAUUACAGCAAUGGGGGUGGCCUCAGUCUCAGCAGCAGCAGCAGUGCAUGGUCCAGCUCGAGAAGUGUGAGUGAGGCUGAGGAUGAUGAUACAGGUGGCCCUGACGAAGAGAACGGGGUCCUGGAUGACUGGGAAGCGGUUGCUGAUGCAGAUGCACUUGCAACUGAUAAUUGUCAUUCCCAGCAGAUUUCAGGUCCCAUGGUGCAGCCAGCAGCUCCAAAUGUUUGUGCAGCUCCUGCCAACCCAACAGGAAGGCAAGAUCCCAUUCGGAGAACAAGAGCUUGGGCACCUGAUGAUGUGUUCCGUCCACAGAGCUUGCCUAAUAUUGCCAGGCAGGCCAGCUUCCCAGCAAGCAUCGGGAACUGCUGGAUGGAUGCUUCACAACAGGUUGUCCACUCUUCGCCUUUGACAUGCCCAAUAUGUUGUGAAGAUUUUGACCCAACGGACUCAAGCUUCUGUCCCUGCCCUUGUGGGUUUCGCCUGUGUCUCUUCUGCCACCACAAGAUCCUUGAAGCUGAUGGGCGCUGCCCUGGCUGCAGGAAGGAAUAUGUUGCAGCGCGGCUUUCCCGAUCUUGCAGCAUGGGUCCAAGAUACUAAGUUGUGCCAGGGUUAUAAUAGCUCUCUGUCGCAAUUCUGUCGUUCGCAUGUUUCGAUUGAAUAUGCUAGUUUUGUCUUGUGUUGGCUGUUUUUGGUAUAAAGAAAUGUGAAUAUUGGAAUAGGUGCUAAAUCCAUAUAGUAUGUCUCCAGAAACCCCGUGUCUCUUUUUAGGCUGUUUGCAUUGUAUCUGAUGCAUAUGUUGCUGGAGAGGACUACUUAUCGUUUUGUGGUAUCAUAUAUGAUAGCUAUAUAAGAUGACCUUUGCAGUUCCUUAUCGACCCACUUAUGAGCUAUGAAGUAAAUUGAUGGUUGC